AUGACGGGCAACUGUGCCGUGAAAGACAAGGCGUCUUACACGAGCAUACAAAUCCCGGGUCUCUCAAUGGGAGCUGGCAGGCCAUUUCCACCAUCACCUUCUGAUCCCCAAGACUAUAUUGUUGAGUUCGACGGAAGUGAUGAUCCCACACACCCAUAUAACUGGAAAUUAUCGACGAAACUCUAUACAUCCCUAAUAGUCUGCUCAGGAACAUACAUUGUCUCCCUCACAAGUGCAAUCUUCGCCCCCGGAACCGAAAGCGCAAGCAGGACGUUCGGAGUUGGCACGGAAGUGGGAACUCUCGGGACAACUCUAUACAUCCUAGGAUUCGCAUCUGGCCCGCUGAUAUGGGCCCCCUUUUCCGAAUGGCGAGGAAGAAAAUGGCCAUUGACAAUCGGUAUGUUGGGUAACGGUAUCUUCAGCGUCGGGUCCGCCGUCUCCAAGGAUAUCGAGACGUUGAUUAUCUGCCGCUUUUUCGCCGGCAUGUUCGGAACCAGUACACUGACAGUCGUGCCUGGUGUGCUUGCGGAUAUCUUCACGCAUACGCAUCGCGGUGCUGCUAUUUCGGUUUAUGCUCUUCCUGUUUUCUUCGGGCCGCUGACAGCGUCGUUUAUUGGUGGUUUCAUCUCAUCGAGUUACUUGGGAUGGCGAUGGACGCUCUAUACUCCAGCAUUCUUCAGUUUCGCCCAUGGCGUCUUAUUCCUUGUCUCGCUGAAAGAGACAUAUGCACCAUGUCUGCUCUCGGCACGAGCUGCUAAUAUCCGCCAUAAAACUGGCAAUUGGGCCAUCCACGCCAAACACGACGAAGUUGAAAUGACCCUGCACUACCUUCUCACAAAGUACUUUACAAGACCAUUGAAGAUGUUGUUCACAGAGCCGAUUCUCCUGUUUAUAUCCAUCUACAUGUCGUUUAUCUAUGGGCUUGUCUAUGCCCUUCUCGAGGCCUACCCUUAUGUCUUUGAGGAUAUCCACGGCAUGCAUCCUGGGGUGGCAGGGCUAGCUUUCAUAGGCCUUAUAGUCGGCCAGCUGCUGGCGUUCAGCUUUAUCCUUUCACAAAAUUGGACCUAUGCAAGGAAGCUCAAGGAAAACGGGAAUAUCCCAGUCCCUGAAUGGCGAUUGACACCACCUUUGAUCGGUGCCCCAGUAUUCACCAUUGGGCUGUUCUGGUUCGGUUGGACUGGAUUCACCCCCGAAAUCCACUGGGCAGCACCGGCCGUGUCCGGCGUCUUCGUUGGCUUCGGAGUCCUGUGUGUCUUUUUACCAUGCUUUAUUUACCUCGUUGAUGCAUACCUGCCUUUAGCCGCUUCAGCUGUUGCAGCCAACAUCAUCAUUCGAUCUGCGGUUGCCGCGGGAUUCCCACUUUUCGCAAGACAGAUGUUUCAGAAUAUGGGCGUGCAAUGGGCUGGUACAUUGCUGGGUUGUCUGGCGGUGGUUAUGAUUCCGAUUCCGUUCACGUUUAGGAUCUACGGGCCUGUGUUGAGGAAGAGGAGUAGAUACUUGUGA